AUGAAAGGCUGCUCCAUGUGUUCAAAACGGCGUAUCCGCUGUGAUAAUAGCCGUCCAACUUGCACAAAAUGUUCUCGAAAGGGCCUCGAAUGCCCUGGAUAUGAGCCCAAGCUACGAUGGGUUGGAGGACCAGCCGUCCGGGGUCGCUUGAAGGGAUUCCAGCCACAAGCCUCGUCCGCAGAUAUACAGCCAAACGUUGAUGCAUCUUUUCACUCGUUCCUUGGGUAUCCCUUACAGGAACUGGUUGAUUACUACGACAAGCAGCUAUGCAAGAUCAUGGUGUGGGUCGACUCGGCCGACAAUAUUUAUCGAAGAUAUGUUCUUCCACUGGCACAGACGAAUCUCACGGUGCGCCUCUCCGUGGCUGCUGUCUCUGCUCAGCAUGCCGCGGCUUCUCGCGGAGCCUGUCUCAUGUCUGAGGAUGCCCGGAAUCAGGCCAUUUAUGUCAUCUCGAGGCACAUCACCGACGUGACGAAUCAUCUCGCCAAUGGGCACGAGAUUGACAAGCAGUUGAGUUUGGAUGACGCGGAAUGGAUGUUAGCCUGCAUGCUCGUCCUCUCGUGUUACGAGAUGGCGCAUUCUGGGGCAUCAGCAGCCGAGAUCCACCGCUCGGCGGCCAGAUCACUCGUCAAUACGCUUCCACCGGCCCAGUGUCGAAAAUCCAUGUUGUUCAUGUCGCUGAGGAACAUGCUUUCUACAUACGAGGUUUUUGCAUCUACAACUUGUUUCGACCUAGAAAGCGUCCAGGAUGCCAUCCUUCCGAUAUCCGAGGCGGGAACAGUGCUCCUGGAUGAGAGUAUUCUCUUUGCUGAGUAUCUUGGGCUGUUGCAUCAGGUUACUGUCCUUGCACGCCAGCCUCACAGAGUCCAGCUCCCAAGCCGUGACUGGAGGACUGAUUUCGAGAUGGCCCGAGGAACAACUUUGAUGAUCGGGGGCAGGCUUUCGAUUACGGCUCAACAGCGUCGUGAUUUGAUCCGCCUGGUGGAUAUCCAUCACAAUGCCGCCCUUCUCUAUGUAUCAAGAUGUCUCGGCUAUGGGACCACAUACGAAACCAUGUCGGCCUUUUCAGACCUCAAGAGGCAGCUCUUGGCGUUUGAUGAUAUCGCCGACUGGACCCAUAACCUUGCAUGGCCAGUAUUCAUCGCCGGCGUGGAAUGUCACGGAGACGAACAAGAUCAGGAGACCGUCUCUGAUCUGUACGAGACUAUCGUGCAGGUGACGAGACUCAAGUCAUACCGCGAGGUGCUUUGCUUUUUGCAAGACUUUUGGUCGGGAAGCGAGUCCGACUGGCAAGUGUUGGCGAGAGAGUGGGAACUGCUCGGCAAACGAGUUUUAGCAUACUGA